GAAGAGGAAGAGGAGGAGGAGGAACAGGAAGAACUGGGCAGACAUUCAGACCCCCGGUGGAUCCCGGAGCCUCCGCCGCCCCUCAGCCGCUCCAUCCGGAUCCACGCGCUGCCCCUCCGCGGAGCCAUGGCCGACGAUCGCGCUCCGUCCACGGCCUGCACCGGCUCCAGCCUCCUGCAGCCGGUCAGCGAGAUGACCAACCUGCCGCUGGACCAGGUGAACUUUGUGGUGUGUCAGCUCUGCGCUCUGAUCUCGGCCUUCUGGUUCCGUCUCUUCCUCCAUCCCAGUAAGACCAGCCCCAUCAUCAGACACGUGGUGGCCACGGUUCUGGGUCUCUACUUCGCCACAUUCUGCUUCGGAUGGUACGCGCUUCACUUCCUGCUGCAGAGCGGGCUCACCUACGGGAUCAUGAUCCUGACCGGAGUGGAGCACAUGCACAAGUACUGUCUGGUCGUGGCCCUCAGUUACCUGAGUCUGUGUCAGAUCACUCGGGUCUAUGUCUUCGACUACGGGAUGUAUUCUGCUGACUUCACAGGCCCCAUGAUGGUGAUCACUCAGAAAAUCACCAGUCUGGCGUUUGAGAUCCACGACGGGAUGGCUCGGAAAGAGGAGCACCUGACCGCAGGACAGAAGAUUUUAGCCAUACGGCGGAUGCCGAGCCUUCUGGAGUAUUUCAGCUACAACUGCAACUUCAUGGGGAUCCUGGCUGGUCCUACAUGCUCCUACAAUGACUACAUCGCCUUCAUCCAGGGAGACCCCUGUCACCACAGAGACCAAGAGGCCCACAGGAAGCCCAGGGGCAAGCUGAGUCAGGGCGAGCCCUCGCCAAAUAUGGAGGUUGUCCGUAAAGUGGCCACCUCCUUCUUUUGCCUCCUGGUUUUCCUGUCUGUGUGUAAAGUUUUCCCCGUGGAACGAAACGUUGAUGACGACUUCAUCGCCAACACGCCGUUCUACGCUCAGGUGGUUUACCUAUACCUGUCCAUGGUGACCACCAGACCCAAGUAUUAUUUCGUGUGGACGCUUGCUGAUGCCAUCAACAACGCCGCAGGUUUUGGUUUUAACGGCUAUGACAGUAACGGUUCUCCUCGCUGGGACCUCAUCUCCAACCUGAGGAUCCUCAACAUCGAGUUUGCCACCAGUUUUAAAGUUUUCCUGGACAACUGGAACAUCCAGACGGUCCACUGGCUCAAAAGGGUGUGUUAUGAACGAUGUCCCUACCACCCCACAGCAGCCACUUUCAUCCUGUCAGCCAUGUGGCACGGAGCCUAUCCAGGAUACUACCUCACCUUCCUCACCGGGAUUGUCGUCACACUGGCUGCCAGAGCGGUCAGACACAAAGUCCGGCCGUACUUCCUACAAUCUACGACCCACAAACUGGUCUAUGAUGUCAUCACAUGGGCGGCCACUCAGAUCGCCAUCUGCUACACAGUGGUUCCUUUUGUCCUGCUGUCUGUGGGGCCAUCUUUAAAGUUUUACAGGUCGUGGUACUUCAGCCUUCACAUCAUCUGCAUUCUGCUGGCUGUGGCCAUGCCCGUCAAACCGAGACACCUGCGCCUCAAAGAGCAGCAGAAAAGCUGUCCCCAGGAUCCAGUCCAGAAACCCUCGGAGGUCGCAGACAGUGCCUACGCGCAGAAAGAGAAAACAUCAUGAGUGGGUCUAAGAAUAAUCGUUUACAUCAUUUUUCCAUGGACUUGUGUGAGAAGGACGAGGAGCCAAACAGGCUCAGGGAUGUUCCUGCUGAUUUAGGUACAGAAACACAAAAUGGCCAAAAAACUCAGUUUUAUUUGGAUUCAGGGGGGAGAUGUAAAAGAAAGCAGGUCCUGGAUUGUAUUUUCUUUCAAAGGAAGCUUAACUGCCAGAACUGACUACUGGCAGAUUCAGAAAAAAAAAAAA